AUGAAUUGUCAGAAGGAGAUUCAACUUGGCAUCUUAUCCGAAGACGAAGCAUGGGUUUUGUUUCGAGAUAAGGCUGGUUUAGAUGAUGACUGUUCCUCCUUGAAUGAUGUAGCCAAAGAGGUUGCUGGUGAAUGUAAGGGAUUGCCUCUUGCAAUUGUUACGGUGGCAAAAGCUCUAAAAGGUGAGAAUUUAGAUGGGUGGAGAGCUGCAAACCAGAGAUUCAAGAACUCAAGGCUUUUGGAUAAUGAACAAGUUCUCGGAGGUGUCCUCAAGCCUCUUAAGCUUAGCUACGAUUAUUUGAAGGAAGGCAAUAGCCAAAUGGCGGGAAAUGACAUCCAAAUGUGUUUCUUACUGUGUUCCCUUUUUCCUGAAGAUGCUGAAAUCCCUCUUGAGUUAUUGAUUAUGUGUGGAAUUGGAGUGGGAUUGUUCCCUAAUGCUACCUCUAUUGAAGAUAAAAGGAAUGAAAUUGGGGUAGCAUUAAAAAAACUCCAAAAAUCUAGCUUGUUAUUGGAAACUGAUGGUGCAGAUAGUAUAAGCAUGCAUGAUGUGGUUCGAGAUUUUGCUCAUUGGCUAACAUCAAGCGGAGAAAAUAGGUUCAUGGUAAAAGAUAAGUUGAAAGAAUGGCCUGAUAUGGUUGAAAGUUUUGAAUGUUAUACUGCAAUCGCUUUAUGGAAUUGUAGUAGUAACAUAAAAAAAUUUCUUGACAAAGUGGAAUUUUCAAAGCUCAAGGCUUUGUUUCUUCAUGGGGAGUGGAAGGGUGAUUUCCUAGUGGUUUCCAGUUCAUUUUUUGAAGAAAUGAAAGCCCUCCAAGUUCUAGUUCUCAGAAGAGUUUAUUUCUCACUGCAAGGAUUCCAUUCCUUACCAAAUCUUAAAAUUUUGUGGUGUGAGGAUUGCAAGCUGGAAAACUUCUCAUCAUCAUUGACUAAUAUGAGAAGCCUUGAGAUUCUUGCAUUGAUUGAGACUGAGAUUGAUGAGAUAAGUGAAGAAUUAGUGAAAUUGUCUACACUGAAGUAUUUACGUUUUGCUUCAGGAGUAAUGAAAAUCCCCUCCAAGUUGGUAUCAAGGUUAACUUCACUGCAAGAGUUACAUGUGACAAGUGAAAAUAAUAUCAACUUAUUGGAGCUGAAUUCAUUGUCUCGUUUAACUGCAUUAUCACUGGAACUUUCUACUAAUCAAUUUUCUCGAGAAGAUUUUGUGUUCCCUAAACUACAAAGGUACAAUAUAGUUGUAGGUGGGUACAAUAUUAGCUUUCAAGAGGCUCUAACCAUUAGAAUAUUGAGAAUUAAAAACUUCUCAUCUUCAUUGAGUGCAUUUAAAAAUUUAUUUUGCAACGUGGGAAAGUUGAAGUUGAAGAACGUUAGUGGACUGAAGAACAUUGUGCCAAGCAUAGGAAAAAAGGUACUAAAUGAGUUGACCUCUUUGGAGCUUGAUUUUUGCUACGAUAUAGAAUUUUUGACUGAUAUAACGAGAGAUCAAUGGUCAACUGUUGCAUUCUCUAAUUUGGUAAAAUUAACUAUAAGAAGGAUGGUUUCUUUGAAAGGGUUGUGCUAUGGUCUUUCUCCAUCCCAUCGUGCAAUUGCAAGCUUCAAAAGACUAAAGGUUGUGACAAUUGGAUCUUGCCCUAAACUGAAAACAAUCUUCUCACCUUGCGUUGCUCAAAGUAUGUUGUGUAUAGAAGAACUCUACAUAAAAUAUUGUGAUGGAGUAGAGCAAAAUGACUCUCGUCUUUAUUGCUGUCCCAAAUUGAGAAUUCUUGAGAUAGGAUAUUGCAAUAGUUUAAAAUAUGUUUGUGCAAACACUUCGACUCAAGGGCUUCAAUCAUUGGAAUCUGUCACCAUAAGUGAUUGUCCUCAACUUAUGCAAAUCUUCAAGAUGGAACAAAAUGAGAAUGGGGAAGAUGUUGUGGAACUAAUUCUUGGUAACGUGGGAAUCAUAUGGAAAACUGAUGUACCUGUAUUGAAUGAAGAUUGUUUAGUAGUUGGGAAUCAUGAAAAUGUAUUUCAAGUUCAAGGUGGGUAUUCAUUCUCAAGGAUAAAAAAUUUGUACUUGAGGAAUUUAUUUGAAGUGCGGAUUUUAUGGAACGAUUUUACUCAAGUUGUAACCCUUGAGAACCUUACAACUUUAAGGCUAGGAGAUUGCAAGAAGUUAAGAUAUAUAUUUUCACCCACGACAACUCGCAGUUUAUCACAUUUGGUGUAUCUUUUCAUCGAGGGGUGUGAAGAAAUAGAUCGACUCAUUUUAGCCAAUGAUCAAGUUUCUUCAUCAUCAUCAUCAAAUGCUAGCCUCCAACCUAUAAGCUUUCCAAAUUUGACUGAUAUCACUGUUACAAAUUGUGGAAAUUUAAAAAGUCUCUUUCCUUUUGGAUCUGUUCCUGUUCUUCCAAAACUUGAAAGUCUUAUAGUUAAAAGGAACUCUAAAUUGGAACAUGUGUUUGAAUUAGAAGAUGCAGUGGAAGUGACAGCUGGAGAGGAGAUGAAAUUUGAUAAAUUAGGAAAGUUAUCACUUGAAGAACUAUCGAGUCUCAUUCACUUCAGUCUCAAAGGAUAUCAUUUUGUAUUGCCAGCAUUGAUAGAAUUGAAUGUACGAGAUUGCCCUAUGUUGACUACUGGUUUCUCCAUUGAUUCACAAAAAUUUAUGCAUUGCGAAACAAGGGUGUAG